GAGUUGGUGCCAGAAGCCGGCGGGCAGCGAUUCCGGCGCUGGCAAAAACGCCCCCCCCCCUCCCAUUUUGAUCCGUUUCUUCUUUUUCAUGGCAAAGAGGCCGGCAUGGAGGAGGACGAGGGGGGACCGUGUGGGGCGGCCCCGCGGCGGCCGGGCGCCAAGUCCCCGGGAGGCGGCCGGGGGGGAGCCGCUGCCCCCCCAGCUCUCCUAGAGGGGGGCGGAUCGCGCUUGCCGCUGCUGCUGCUGCUGCAGUCCCCAACGGGCGCCCGGGGGGCGUAGGGGUGGGGGUGGGGAGGAAGAGGAGGCAGGAGCUGCGAAGAUCUAAAGAGGGGGGCUGAGCUCGGAGUGGGGGGGCUCGGAAACGCCGGACCCGGAAGCCGCUUGGGCCGUUUGGCAUUUUUCAAUUUUUUUCUACCUACCCCCCCCCUCCUCGUCCCCCCCGUCUGUCUUUUGGGCAUCUCUUCGCAUCUCUCCCCCUCCCCCCCCCCCGCGGCGAAGAUCAGAUCCCUGACUCGAUCCGGAACAGCUGGAGGCAGGCUUGCAAAAGAGAAGAGGAAGAAGAAGAAGAAAGCCGAGCGCAGGGACUCGGGACCCCCCGCCCCCCCAGGAAUGGCUGGGUCUUUUUUGCGCUUCGAGUCCGCCUCCCCGGAGACUGCGCGGCCUCUCGGGGUCUUCCUCCCCAGCGGGCGCCCGGUCCCCUGGAAAUCUUAAGGGCAGCCCCGGAUCGCGCGCGGCGGCUGGGCUUUGCGCGCACCUUGCGCGCCUUCGCGAGCGCCUCUUCUCUGCGCGCCUCUCGGCGGCACCGCCAGGAUGGCUCCCGCCGGGGAUGGAGCGCAGCCGGGUCCGGCUUCCUGCCUGCUGUUGCUGCUGCCCGCGGUUCUCUGGUGCGCCGUGGUGGAAGGACGAGGCGGGGUCGUCGACAGCAUGCAGCGGUUUUCCAGCUUGCCUGUCUAUCUGCCGGUGAAUUCCCAGAUCUCCGGUGCUGAGGUUUCCUUCUUCCUGAAAGAAACCAACCAGGAUAUUAUGAGGAAUGCCAGCCUGCAGUCCAGAACGGAGUCUUUCCUACCCUACCGAGCCACCCAAUUGCCUGUUUUUAACGCCACUUACGGCCCGUUUACGAUAGAGCAAACGGUGCCCCCGAACCUCCUCCUGACAUCUGCAGUGUUCCAUUCUCCCGAACGGUUGACUUUCAACUGGAAACUGCAGUCGCGCAUCAUCGACACCUCCAUAUUUUCCAACAGGCCAAAAGUCCACGCUUUGUUUUACAUCGCCGGCAAGGACUGGGAAGAUGACAACCCGGCCGAGAUCCUACCGUGUGUGCAGAUGAUGGCCCUUCAGGAUGAUAGAGUUGCUGCUGGCAGCUGUCGGUUGAAAGGUCACCUGGGCUUAUGCGUGGCGGGACUGGAAUUCUCCCCAAGCUGGUUCAACAGGGCGUCCCCGUCAUCGUUGUCGCCAUUGGACCCAGAGUAUCAACCGAUGACGGAGUCCUUGGAGGAGAACACUGUGGAACUUUUCUAUAGGGUGUUUGAGGCUGAUGGGGAAUGCUCCUCAGAAGACCAGCCGUUGCAACAGUUUCUUCGCUUGGAAGACCCAGAAGAGCCCCGGGUGCUCCCGGCUUCGAUGGGGAGAGUCGGCAGCGUGGUUCUGUAUCCAACUCGAAGCAAGCUAAAGAAGUCGUUGCAGAGUCUCGACGAUAACCUUGUGCUCGCUGUACCACUCAGACCAGUUAAGGAAGGUGACCUUGUCACCUUUCAUGUGUCUCUUGCCACUGGCUCUCGAGUAGAUCAAUUUACAUUAAGAAUUAAGGCUGCCCCAGGUGUGAAGAUAAUAGACAUUCGAGUCAACGAUCCGGACCAGUGGUACGCGUCAAUAAGACGUGAUAGACAAUGGAAGGAGAAUACAGACUAUCCCGCCACUAUUGUGUGUGAACACAUCGAUCCAAAUGUGGAGAGCAGGACAAAUGUCUCCUCCUAUGAGAUCUUUCAGCUGGACUUUGAAAUCGACAACAGCAGCAGCCUGGCCGGCGUCCAGCAAAUCUCCUGGCAGGUGGAAUACCCUCAAGAUGAAGCCGUGAGUGAGCUGCUCAUCUCCGAGAUCUUUGUCAGUCAAACAACUUUUGCUGGGAUUGUUCCACUCGCAAUGGAUACUGAGGUCCUUAACACAGCCAUUCUGACAGGGAAGACGGUAUCCGUUCCCGUAAAAGUGGUCGCUGUUGAAGAAGAUGGGUCCGUGAGCGACGUGUCAGAGUCCACAGACUGCAGAUCAGCUGAUGAAGAUGUUCUAAAGGUUUCCGACAAGUGCGAUGCCAUCUUCGUCAAUGGGAAGGAGAUGAAAAGCAAAGUAGACACCGUGGUGAACUUCACGUACCAGCAUCUUACCACUCAGCUGGAAGUCACUGUCUGGGCUCCCCGGCUUCCUCUGCAAAUAGAGAUCUCAGAUACAGAACUGAGCCAGAUCAAGGGUUGGCGGAUACCCAUCACUACCAACAAAAGGCCUACCCGUGACAGCGAUGAGGAAGAAGAUGAUGAGAAAAAAGGCCGAGGCUGCGCCCUGCAGUAUCAGCACGCCACGGUGCGAGUCCUCACGCAGUUUGUCGCAGAAUCGUCCGAUCUGGGAGGUCAGCUGAUUUACAUGCUGGACUCGGAGUGGCAGUUCGACAUCACGGAUCUUGUGGCCGACUUCAUGAAAGUGGAAGAGCCCAAAGUGGCCAGGUUACAAGGUGGCCGAGUCUUGUUGGGACGCGAGCCAGGAAUCACCACCGUUCAGGUUCUGUCACCUGGAUCUGAUUCCAUUUUGGCCGAGAAGACAGUGAUCGUGCAGGAAGAUCGAGUGACCAUCACGGACCUCGGGGUGCAGCUCGUAGCAGGCUUGUCAUUCUCGUUUCAGAUGAGUAAAGGGAAUAAGAGGGUCAUCAUUUGUACAAUGUCUGCAUCCGAUGUUCUUCAUUCACCCAAACAGGAAGCUGUGAUCAGUGCUUGGAUUUUGUUCAGUGACGGAUCGGUGACGCCGAUGGACAUCUACGAUACAAAAGAUUUUUCUUUCGCUGUCACGUCACUGGAUGAAAUGGUGGUCUCGGUCCAUCAAAACGAGGAGGAGGACAGGUCAACGGUCGUGGCGGAAGGGGAUGGGCAGGGGCCGCUCAUCAAGAUAGAAAUGGUGAUCAGCGAACCCUGCCAGAAGUCCAAGCGGAAGAGCAGCUUGGCAGUCGGCAAAGGAAACAUCAAGGUGAAGUUUGGCCAGAAGGACCUGGACCGUAAAAGUGACACCGAUGGUGUUGAGGACGCAGAUGUUAAAAAUUACGGGAGUAAUUCAGUGGAAAAGUCAAUGGAGCAAGAGAGGACAGGGCAAGAUUGGCCCAAACAUGGAGCUUCCAUUGGUCAUGAAGAGGCUACCAACCAAAGCACAACUUCCAAGCUUCCCGUUGACCGUGCUCAUGGGGAAGAACCGCUUCAGAACAGCCCAACUUCCUUAACCAGUUUUCCCACGCAAAUAGACGUUCCUGGGCAGAGUGAGCCCAGCGACCUCACUUUGGCUUCCAGAGGCUUAACAGACCUUGAGAUCGGCAUGUACGCCCUCCUCUGUGUCUUCUGCUUGGCCAUUUUGGUCUUCUUAAUCAACUGUGUGGCGUUUGCUUGGAAAUACAGGCACAAAAGGUUUGCGGUCAGCGAGCAAGGCAACAUCCCGCAUUCCCACGACUGGGUGUGGCUCGGAAACGAGGUCGAACUCCUGGAGAACCCAGUGGACAUCUCGCUGCCUUCGGAGGAAUGCACCACCAUGAUUGACCGAGGGAUGCAGUUCGAAGAGAGCAAUUUCCUCCUCAACGGGAGCUCUCAGAAGAACCUCCACAAUCAAAUCCUCCGGUCUGCCGAAUACGGUUGCGAGAAAGAUAUCAGAAACGAGCCCAUCAACCCACCCGGGCCCAAACGGAAACGAGUAAAAUUCACAUCCUAUACCACCAUCCUUCCGGAGGAUGGAGGUCCGUACACCAACUCCAUCCUCUUUGACAGUGAUGAAAACAUCAAAUGGGUUUGCCAAGAUAUGAACUACGGCGAUUCUAAGGAGCUUAGAGACUAUAUGGAAAGGCUGCAGGACAAUAUGUAAAAUAAAACGGUAUAUAAAUAUAUAAAUAUAUGUAUACUUUCUUAUAUUUGUAUUCACCUUUAUGCCUUCUGUUUUAUGGAUGAUGGAGCAGUCAGACGGAGCCAGCAAUAGGAAAAGUCUCUCCAAGUUUUUGGAGGUCCCGUGAUACUAACUUCAUAUUGUUUUGAUCAGGUGCAAGAAAAGGCUGGCUGCAUUAGCCCCUGUUCCACCAGAUUACCAGGAGACGACACGUGCCAAAACAGCUACCUACACAUUCUGGAGGUGUCGCGCACAACCAGCGGUUUUUCUUAAACCACCUGUACUAGCGAACACCGAUCCAGAAAUGCGCCUAGACUCAGAAGAUGGGUUGGUGUGUCAUCGUACAACAAACAAUUCAGAAAACGAACAGCGACGGGGUCGGGAGGGAAUCGGUAGUUUUUUCUAGAGGACAUUCUUUGUAAAAGCACAGUAGACGUUCCUUGCUUACAGCCUGAAUCUGGGCCCUUUUCCAAGGAUCAGAAUGAAUCUGCUUCAUGUAAUCUGCCUAUACGUAAAUGCAGGCUGAUACACAGGA